UGAAAACGGCGUCGUCGCGUUACCAAGGGUUAUUCGCUAACUCACUCGCUCUGCUCUGGUUUGAUUCGAGCGUGGAACUCGAAUGUGGGGACUUCUUCGAACUCGAACGUGUUUGCGAUAUUCAGAGACUCUUCUUCAUCAACCAUGGAAGAAGAACGUAGGGUUUUGUUCUUUGUCCGCCGUUGACGGCCGUAACUGCCUUCUGGAUCUGCCGGAUAUCGAGAAGGUUCUGACGGAUAUCAAAGCUGACGACGUUAAGGUGAUACCAGUUCCCAAGCACUGCGAUUGGGCUGAUUUCAUGGUUCUCGCCACUGGCAGGUCCACCUGGCACGUCAAGAACAUCGCCCAAGCCCUAAUUUACAAGGCUAAACAGAAACAGAGAGGAGCUGAACGAAUGAUGCUACCGAGUGUAGAAGGGGAAGCUGGAGGAAAGUGGAUUGUCAUUGAUUCUGGUAAAGUGAUAGUUCAUGCACUUGAUGAAAAGGCCAGAGCUUACUACAACUUGGAGGGUCUUUGGACCCGAGGGACAAUUCAAAAUGAACCUGAUGGGGAUUUAAAAAAAGCUUUAGUGAAGGUUCGGCGGAAAAACAAUUCGAAGAAACCUGCACAAAAGAGUGCUUAAUUGGUCUCUAUGUAAAACGUUUUAAAACUGUAGCUCCUGACUCUGCAUCUGAUCUAAACAGUUUAGAAGUUUGUAAACAGAUAACAGUUUUCUGAUCUGUUAUUUUACUUGUUCUGAAUACAAAUUUUGCUAGGGUUGUCUUGCUGGAAUGGCAAAGUUAUAAAAGAGGUAAAACUGAAGCUUUCUGUCA